AACUGCUCUUAGAUCAGCCUUCAGCAUUCCCAGCGCAUCGUUGGCGAUGUGUCUUCAUGGUAGGGACGCAUGCGCAAUGCUUUGUGUUGCAACACAACUGAGCUCGACAGCAAUCGUAACCUGGAGAAAACAGACAUUACUAACCCUUUUUGAAACAAACUGAGAAACUGCACACGAGAUGUAAAGGAUUACUGCGACCACACACGGAUUACAGCAGAGGAAGUUUAGGAAACAGCACAAUAAGUAAUACUUAAAUCGUUUGUCACGUGGUCAAGGAAGACCAAUGGGAGCCAACCAAAUCCAGCGGAAAGUAUGCUCUUUGUUCGGAUAUUUUGCCAACUUUAUGCCCAAAUCUGCGCCUUAUGCUUUGCCAAAAGCACCGGAUGUGUAUCUGGAUGCACGUUUCGCGACAAAGGAGACGCAAUGGAUACGUUUUAUUUCGGUUUUGGCGGAAUGCCACGUGUCGAAGUUUUGAUAAACAGUGCGCUCAGUCUGAUCUCAUCACAUGACUCCCCUCCCCCACCCAGCGCAGGGAAUGGGGAAGAAGGCGGACAUGUUUGAGGGAAAUGUGCUGGUUAAAAAGUAUCGAGGUGGAAGACAAGAAGAAUAUUUGAAGAACGGUUUCGCUUUGUUAUGGGAUUUACCAGUCAACAUUUGUAUUCAUGUUAAAUUUAAGGUUUUUAUCUCAUAUCUUAUGAAUUAUUUAUUUAUUUGUCUUUUGGAUCAUUUAAAUGUCGUUUUGAACUGUAUACUACGUUUUUUUUUAAAGCGCGAAGUUUUUAAAAAACUUUAGUAGUAAUCAAUGUAAGGAUCUAGUGUUACCUUCCAUCGUUUAUUAGAGUGACAUUGUGGGGGAUUUGUAACCUUGGUGUGGGGGAUGGGCGCAUGUGGUUAGGUAACCAUUUUGUAUGGUUGUUGGAUUUCUGGAUAGUGUCGGUGGCUUUUAAAAGAGUAUGAAGAUUUACUACUCACUACUACUGUAAUUCUAUAGUUUGUAGUUUUGGUGUAUUCUCAUAAAUGUUGUAAGGCUAAAUAUGGUAUUUGCAUUUUUAAACAUAAGAUUCAUUUUCGUUUCGAUUUCCUAAUACUUUUAAUUAACUUGUUUUCCGUGCGAGUGUCUUAUUUAACGUUAGUUAAGCUGGGCUAAAGCAGUAUUUACUCUGAUGCAGUCUGAGGUCAGUGAGGAAAACUGCUGUGUCAUUCAGUGGAUGAUUGUUUGGAGUUCUCAUGACCCGCUGACAUUUUUUCCGCUGAAGUAAAGGGUCUCCAGACUUAUAGUUUUACACACUCGCAGUUACAAUUGAAUUGGACUUUACCCUUGUACGUUACUGGUGUGGCGUUUGUGAGCCACGGAGGCCUGGAUUGGCGUUGUGCUCUCAAAUGGUGGCCUUUUUUAUGCUGCAGACGUACGCUACUUAAUUAAUUUGUUUGUACGCGAAAGAUGUAGCGUUUUGUAUGUUUUGCUUUAGUUUUUACCAGACAUAUUGUUAAUAUUUCUACUAAUAUACUCUGUGUCAGUGUGCUUAAAGAUGGUGGCUGUGAGCUUCUUCUGCAAGACAGAAAUGCGGACAUGCUGGUAAGCAAGGGAGCUUGUGGGGUGAGGCUCUCGAGGGUUACACGUGAUCCGGUGAAAGAACCAAUGGGCUUCUUGAUAUUUACCCUGGAAGCCCGCGUUAGAACCUUAUUGACCAAUCCCCGCCGUCGCUUUGCACACGUUGACGUAAUGUAAUAUUAUAAGGAAGGGGGGGUCGACUCGGUGCCCUCGCGUUUUGUACAGGAUUAAAUGGAGGAACCAGUUACAGACACAUAUCUGUAAUGCUGAAUAGGCUGGGCCAAUAGUAUUGUGCAAUUUCCUUGACCGACAGCAAAAACACGCGAAGAGGUUGGCCCAAAAGAUUGUCGGUGAAGUUUCUGUAUCGAGGGGUGUGGUGACUUUUACGGACAUGUUAAACAGCGAAUAGAAGCUCUGGGGGUGUGGACAGUCUGAAGUAGUCUAUCCAAUAGGACUAACGCUCGGUCUAUAAAGCCGAGGGUGUAGUCGCAUCGUCGCCAUUUCAACGAAGCAGAUUAAAAGGAGUUUACCGUGGCGGGGAGCGGAAAGCUGACGAACAGAGACGGAUCCAGGUCUGAGUCUAGCUAUAAACAGAAUCCGGAUCCAUCCUGAUGGAUAUGGCAGUUAACCCGCUCCUUGACAGCUCCCUUCUCGGGGUUGAGGUUGGCAUUAUGGGAGUCACAACGAUGGACCAGAGUUCUGGCACAGCUGGAAAACGCAUCCGAAAACCUUCACUGCUCUAUGAGGGCUUUGAGAGUCCUGGGAUGCCCCCCCUCAGUCAUAUGACCCCUUCGGGACCCCCACAGCCCCUGGUGAGAGACCCCAACCGACAGGGCAGGAUGACCAACCAACUUCAGUUCCUACAGAAAGUCCUGCUCAAGUCUUUGUGGAGGCACCACUUUGCCUGGCCCUUCCAUGAACCUGUUGAUGCCACCAAGCUCAGCCUGCCUGACUAUCAUAAGAUCAUCAAAAAUCCCAUGGACAUGGGAUCUAUUAAGAAGAGACUAGAAAAUAAUUUCUACCGCUGUGCCAGUGAGUGUAUGCAGGACUUCAACACCAUGUUUACCAACUGCUACAUUUAUAACAAGCCUACAGAUGACAUAGUACUGAUGGCUCAGUCUCUGGAGAAGGCUUUCCUGCAGAAAGUAGCGCAGAUGCCCCAGGAGGAACUGGAGCUGCCUCCCCCCCCUCCGCGGACCAAACAAGCCAAACCUGGCAGAAAAGGAAGAGUCACCGGAGGAGUGACGACAGCUCAUCAGGUCCCCGCUGUAUCCCAGUCAGCAUACUCGCCCCCCACGCCGGAAACACCCGACUCCAUCCUCUCUACCCCCCCACAGUCACACAUGACCAAGAGCUUGCCCCCACUUCUAACAACUGAACAAAGCAUCUCUGCCAUUACUGGUCUGCCUCCCACACAGCCCACCGCUAAGAAAAAAGGUGUAAAGAGGAAAGCAGACACAACCACCCCAACCACUGUAGCCAUGCCCAUCAUGAGCACCAUGGGCGUCAGCGGCAUCAGCCUGGGGAUGGGCGGUGGGCACGACUCCCCGCUCACCCUCACGUCUCUCGGAGUGGACCACAAUUCCACGCUGGGGAUGAACCAAGGCCUUAGCCUCAGCCAGGGCAUGGGGAUGGGCAUGGGGAUGGGCAUGGGGAUGGGCAUGGGAAUGGGUAUGGGUUGUGGACCAGUGAUGAUGGGUACCAAAGCAGCGGGGGGCCGGAGAGGAGUGAGUGGCCGAGCCAUCAAAGCUCCAAAGAAGGAUUUACCAGAUUCCUUGGUUGCACCGCCGGUGCGCCGCAGCAAGCUCAACCCUCAGCUCCGCUACUGCAACGGGGUCCUGAAGGAGCUGCUGUCAAAGAAGCAUGCAGCGUACGCCUGGCCGUUCUACAAGCCCGUCGAUGCCUCGUUGCUCGGGCUUCACGACUACCACGACAUCAUUAAGCAGCCCAUGGACCUCAGCACCAUCAAGCGUAAGAUGGAUGGCAGAGAGUAUCGUGACGCUCAGCAGUUCUCUGCUGAUGUUAGACUGAUGUUCUCAAACUGCUACAAGUACAACCCCCCCGAUCAUGAUGUGGUGGGCAUGGCCAGAAAACUGCAGGACGUCUUUGAGUUCUGCUUUGCUAAGAUGCCAGACGAGCCUCCAGCACCGCCUAGCUCCUCCUCUUCCUCCUCUUCCUCUUCAUCGUCCUCUGAGAGUGAGGUCAGCAGUGAAAGUGAGGAGAGCGAGAGCAGCCCUAGCUCUGACUCUGAGGAGGAGAGGGCCAACCGGCUGGCAGAGCUGCAGGAACAGCUCAAAGCUGUACAUGAGCAGCUCACUGCACUCUCACAGGGCCCCAUCGUCAAACCCAAGAAAAAGAAAGAGAAGAAGGACAAGAAAAAGAAGAAAAAGGUAGAAAAAGAGAAGCAUCGGAAGAUAGAGGAGGAAGUGACCCCUGUUAGACCGCCCAAGACUCCCAAGAUCACCAAGACUCCAAAACCCAAGAGCAACCGAGGGACGGGUGGUCCUGGAGUGCCGGUCAAGAAGGCACCGAGCAAGAAAAACAACAAGAGCAAAACCAAAAAGGGCGGCAUGACGUUCAGCAUGCCUCAGCCGGUCCACGAGCCCAUAGUGAGUCAUUACGACUCGGAUGAAGAGGAGGAGACGGCACCCAUGUCGUACGAUGAGAAGCGCCAACUCAGCCUGGACAUCAACAAGCUUCCCGGGGAGAAGCUGGGCCGCGUCGUUUACAUCAUCCAGUCCCGUGAGCCCUCGCUCCGAGACACCAACCCAGAGGAGAUUGAGAUAGACUUUGAGACCCUGAAGCCAUCGACGCUGCGGGAGCUCGAGAGAUAUGUCAUGACAUGUCUGAGGAAGAAGCCUCGUAAGCCAUACGCAAGUAAAAACAACAUUGCUGGCAAAUCUCGGGAGGAGCUCACUCUGGAGAAGCAAAUGGAGCUGGAGAGAAGGCUGAUGGACGUCAGUGGUCAGCUCAACUCUGGGAAGAAGCCUGCUAAGACCAAAACAGAGAAACCAGCAACUGAGCAGCACACCCAGCCAUCACGUCUCAGCGCCAGCAGCUCCUCCUCAGACUCCUCUUCAUCGUCUUCUUCCUCGUCAUCUUCAGACACAAGCGACUCAGACUCUGGCUGAGAGGCAGAUGGUGUUUCCACAUUAAAAGGGUCACGUGAGGGACCCUGGGUGUUUCACUUCCCACCGAGUGGACUGAACUGCAGUAGAGCUACCGGCGACGGAGCCGCGGGACGGAUCAGACGAGACCAGCACUAGACAGAACUGGUCCGACUCAACCAGUGUGAAACCAAGAGAGAGAGAGAUGGGCUCCCUACGCUCGGCCCAUUCAUCCAAUCCUGUCCUGGACACAGAAGCGCUGAGCAGGGAUGGAAGGAGGAGACUGGAGUCCUGCCGUUCUCUGUAGAGCCGGCCUUGCUGGGCAGAGCGAGGGACGCUCCAUCUCCUGCCAACACGGGAGAAGAGCGACGCAUGCGUUGGAGGGAUAUGGGUGCUAGAGCCAGAAUCUUAUUUCUGGAGAUAAUUUCCCUUCUUCCUGUGCUCUGUCUUUAUGCUGUAUAGAUAAGGUGUACAGUUAUAUAAAUCUAUUUUUCUUUUAUAAAGAAGCAUUUUAUGGAGUAAUUUAUUCCCUCAUUCUGGGAAACGGGUGCGGGCGGAGUUGUUUUAGUUCUUGUCUAGUUUUUUUUUUUUCUGGAGUGAUAAAGAGGGUAGAGGCAAACGCAUGAGAGAAUGUGAACGUAUGAAUGUGUCACGUACGUGUCUGCAUGUGCGAGUGUGAAAUCCUCAUAGUUUUGACGCAGGCGUUGAAAAUCAGUCUGCACGCAGAAGCACCUUGGUUCAGUAGAAUGCAUGCAAUACAGAGGAGCUGACGAACAUCUGCAUACUACUUUACUGCAUCCUUGUGUACUCAUGUACUUGUUUGAAAGGGUUGGCCACUGUACAGACAUGUGACCUCGUUCCACAUCAGUUUAUACAAACGUUGAUCUGUUCCCAUGUGUGCCGUCAUGUUUUUUCUUUUUUCAUCCAUUUCAAUUUCUCUGUAAACGUGUUGCUUUUUUUCUUAUUCUGACCAAUCUGCUAAUAAAUUGUGAGGACGUGUCUUGUCCACUCACCUGUGCCCAAAUAACUUCUCGGUUCUUCUGAUUUCUUCUGGUGUUCAGAUUCAGUUUGCAAAAAGUUUUUUCUGGUUCUGACAUUGAUAUUUGAUUCAAGUUGUUGAAGCGUUUUGGGUGGACUUUCCCAUGGGCCAUCACUUCUUAACACCAUGGUGUCACAAAAAGCAGAACUGCUUUGUCUUUAUUACAAUUUGGCCUUUGAGAUCUGGCAGCUUAAAUUUUUAUUCUCUGUAAUAACUUGAGUUUUGUCUAAAAGUUAACUUUGUGUGGGGGAUGCCUGGUUGGUCAGGUUAAAAGCAAAGCGGCUUGUGAAGACGUGAAAGUGUCUUUUUCAAUCUAGAGAUCCAGCAGCCAGCUCAGACUAAACCUGGUUUACUGUAGUGAGUGAUAAGUGCACUUUAUCUGGAGUACUAAACCAUCUAGUGAUUUAGGUACGGCUGUGUGUCUAUCUUGUUCUUUUAAAAUCGCCUGUGGCUUGAGAUUGGAAUAUUGUAUGUUUGACAGUGAUUAUUUAUUGAGAAGGAAUUUGAAGGUUUUUUUCACAAUACUGAAAGUAACUUUUCAAUUGAAGUCUACUGUAUAAAUGAUGCACAGGUUAACUGUCAGGAUUGUAGAAGUGUACAUAUUUUAUAGUCUCAAUCUUCGAGCAUGUUUUUGUUUUUCCUUCAGUCGAGCUGCUUUUUAUUUUUUUGUGGCUUCAGUUGUAAACCGAAUUACUCCAGUUAUCAGUCUUACUUUUCUGGUUUGUCAGGAAUCUAAAUGCCUCUGUACUUGACUCCAUUGUUUCUUCUGAACAUCUGUACAUAAAUAAAGUGAGACAAGUUCCUCUUUUCA